GUCGGCGGCGAGCGACCAACUAGCAGCCACAGACAGUUCUUUUCGAGAGUGUUUUGCUGUGAGCAUCCGUUGUCGAGAAAUAUAUACACAGAUUCGCCAUGGACUGCAGAGUCUGUUACAGUAACUUUGAUUACGGGAGCCACCUGCCGCGCAACCUCCAGUGCGGCCACGCCUUCUGCACCAGCUGCCUCGCCACCCUCUUUCGUGGGAAGAACAUUUCGUGCCCCGAAUGCCGAGGGAAUCAGAAUGUUCAAGAUGGAGUCAGGGGCCUACCCGUGGGCCACACCGUGCUUAGAAUACUGGCGCCAAAAUACUGUGAGGGCAGCAACAGGGCGCCUCUGUUCGUGCCUCCCAAGCUGGACACGGAAAUAACCGAGGCGUGGUCGAACACCAUUUAUACAGGCACGAGGAAAGCUUGUCUCGAGCAAAUCCUCCAGAACAACCUAACUCACAUGAGUCUUCUGAAGAGGGUGAUGCAUCACCAACAGCGGGUGGCCCAGCGCCUGGAGGAGGAGGCGGAGAGGUGCAAACAGGAACAACUGACGAUCGUUGAGGUGAAAGAAGAACUGCUCAGCUGCAAGAAGCGAUUAGACGAGGCCCAGACACAGGAAGACAUAGAAGACCCAGGGACGCCGCUGUGGCCAAACUUCAAGUCAUCUGGAUGGUGCGCCGACCAGCAACGUCUGCUCAAUAACUACGUGGAGGUAAAUGUGAAGACGAAAGGAGAGUUAAAGAAGUACUCUGCACGCAUUUGCAGAAAUAACAGACAUGUUAUGAAUAUUUCGAGAUAUGUCCAAAAAUAUAUUAAUGGGUACAACACAGAUGCUAUCUCUGACGUCACGUUUCUCUUUGAUGACGUCACUGGUUAAAUUAAAGAGACAUCUUUCUU